GGGCACACUAGCCCUCAGAAGCGCGGAGAGCGCUCCACAGAGUAGAACAUAAAAAGGGAAGGGGAUAGCCGGUAGAUAGAAUAGUUGGGAAUAAAACGUUUAUAAUAGGUUCAUAGGGCAGACAGAAGUUGGGAUAUCGCCUUCGGAGACGUUCCGGUCACCGCUGGCGGCCUGGACUUACUCCUGGUUACAAUUUAAAGCUGUUCCUUCUCACAAAGCGGCGUGCCGAGGGAGGACGCGUCUCUUUGAAUAGACAGGAUGCACGGACCGCCCUCCGGCGACAGCGCAUGCCCAUUGCGCCUCAUCAAGAGAGUGCAAUUCGGCAUCAUCAGCCCAGAUGAACUUAAACGGAUGUCAGUCACUGAAGGGGGUAUUAAGUACCCCGAAACCACUGAAGGAGGUCGUCCAAAACUUGGUGGCCUCAUGGACCCAAGACAAGGGGUCAUAGAAAGAUCUGGAAGGUGUCAGACAUGUGCAGGCAACAUGACAGAAUGCCCGGGCCACUUUGGGCACAUAGAACUGGCGAAGCCAGUUUUCCACGUCGGCUUCGUAACGAAGAUCAUGAAGGUUCUCCGAUGCGUCUGCUUCUUCUGCUCCAAACUACUAGUCGAUUCGAACAAUCCCAAGAUCAAAGACAUCUUGGUGAAAUCGAAAGGACAGCCCAGAAAGCGACUGACUCACGUCUACGAGCUUUGUAAGGGCAAAAAUAUCUGUGAAGGCGGCGAAGAGAUGGACAACAAGUUUGGCGUGGAACAGCAGGAGUCAGAGGACAUCACCAAGGAGAAGGGUCACGGGGGUUGCGGGCGCUACCAGCCGCGCAUCCGACGCUCCGGCCUGGAGCUGUACGCAGAGUGGAAGCACGUCAACGAGGACUCUCAGGAGAAGAAGAUCCUGCUGAACCCUGAGCGCGUGCACGAGAUCUUCAAGCGCAUCUCGGACGAGGAGGACGUCAUCCUCGGCAUGGACCCCAAGUUCGCCCGGCCCGAGUGGAUGAUCGUGACCGUGCUGCCCGUGCCCCCGCUGGCCGUCCGACCGGCCGUGGUCAUGCAGGGCUCAGCUCGCAACCAGGACGAUCUGACGCACAAGCUGGCCGACAUCGUCAAGAUCAACAACCAGCUGAGGAGGAACGAGCAGAGCGGCGCGGCGGCCCACGUGAUCGCAGAGGACGUCAAGCUGCUCCAGUUCCACGUCGCCACCAUGAUCGACAACGAGCUGCCGGGACUGCCCAGGGCGAUGCAGAAGUCUGGGCGCCCGCUCAAGUCCCUGAAGCAGCGGCUAAAGGGGAAGGAGGGGCGCGUCCGCGGUAACCUGAUGGGAAAGCGUGUGGACUUCUCCGCCCGAACCGUCAUCACCCCGGACCCCAACCUGCAGAUCGACCAAGUGGGCGUUCCUCGGUCCAUCGCCGCCAACAUGACCUUCCCGGAAAUCGUCACACCCUUUAACAUUGACAGGUUACAGGAGCUGGUACGGAGAGGAAACAGUCAGUACCCGGGCGCCAAGUACAUCAUCCGAGACAACGGGGACAGGAUUGACUUGCGGUUCCACCCUAAGCCGAGUGAUCUUCAUCUACAGAUUGGCUACAAGGUGGAAAGGCACAUGUGCGAUGGAGACAUCAUCAUUUUCAACAGACAGCCUACGCUACAUAAAAUGUCCAUGAUGGGGCACAGGGUGCGAAUCCUGCCCUGGUCCACCUUCCGAAUGAACCUCAGUGUGACCACUCCAUACAACGCUGACUUUGACGGGGAUGAGAUGAACCUGCAUCUCCCCCAGUCCCUGGAGACCAGGGCUGAGAUCCAGGAACUGGCCAUGGUGCCUCGUAUGAUCGUCACCCCCCAGUCCAACAGGCCCGUCAUGGGUAUCGUGCAGGACACCCUCACAGCCGUACGCAAAUUCACCAAAAGGGACGUCUUCCUAGAGCGGGGAGAGGUGAUGAACCUGCUGAUGUUCCUCUCCACGUGGGACGGCAAGGUCCCCCAGCCGGCCAUCAUCAAGCCCCGCCCCUUUUGGACGGGCAAGCAGAUCUUCAGCCUCAUCAUCCCCGGACACAUCAACGUGAUCCGGACCCACAGCACCCACCCAGACGAGGAGGACAGCGGGCCCUACAAACACAUCUCUCCCGGGGACACCAAGGUGAUCGUGGAGAACGGCGAGCUGAUCAUGGGCAUCCUGUGCAAGAAGUCUCUGGGUACGUCGGCGGGCUCCCUGGUCCACAUCUCCUACCUGGAGAUGGGCCACGACAUCACCCGGCUGUUCUACUCCAACAUCCAGACGGUGGUCAACAACUGGCUGCUGAUUGAAGGUCACUCCAUCGGUAUCGGUGACUCCAUUGCCGACGCAAAGACCUACCUUGACAUCCAGAACACAAUCAAGAAAGCCAAACAAGAUGUGAUAGAAGUCAUCGAGAAGGCCCACAACAACGAGCUGGAGCCAACGCCCGGUAACACACUGAGGCAGACCUUCGAGAACCAGGUCAACCGAAUCCUCAACGACGCCCGUGACAAAACGGGAUCCUCUGCGCAGAAGUCUCUGUCAGAGUACAACAACUUCAAGUCCAUGGUGGUGGCCGGCUCCAAGGGGUCCAAGAUUAACAUCUCCCAGGUUAUUGCCGUGGUGGGGCAGCAGAACGUGGAGGGCAAGCGCAUCCCGUUCGGCUUCAAGCACCGCACACUGCCCCACUUCAUCAAGGAUGAUUACGGCCCUGAGAGCAGGGGCUUCGUGGAGAACUCCUACCUGGCCGGCCUGACGCCCACAGAGUUCUUCUUCCACGCCAUGGGAGGCCGAGAGGGGCUUAUCGACACAGCCGUGAAGACAGCCGAGACUGGUUACAUCCAGCGUCGUCUGAUCAAGUCCAUGGAGUCGGUGAUGGUGAAGUACGACGCCACGGUGCGUAACUCCAUCAACCAGGUGGUGCAGCUACGUUACGGCGAGGACGGGCUGGCCGGAGAGGCGGUGGAGUUCCAGAACAUGGCCACGCUCAAGCCCUCCAACAAGGCCUUCGAGAAGAAGUUCAGGUUUGACUGCACCAACGAGCGGGCGCUGCGGCGCACCCUGCAGGAGGACGUGGUGAAGGACGUGCUGACCAACGCCAACGUGCAGGGCUGCCUCGAGAGGGAGUACGAGAAGAUGAAGGAGGACCGUGAAAUCCUCCGUGCAAUCUUCCCCACCGGGGACAGCAAGGUGGUGCUGCCAUGCAACCUGGCCAGAAUGAUCUGGAACGCCCAGAAGAUCUUCAGAAUCAACCCCCGGAUACCCACAGACCUCAAUCCACUCCGCGUGGUCGAGGGUGUCCGCGAGCUCAGCAAGAAGCUGGUGAUCGUGAACGGCGAGGACCCCCUGAGUAAACAGGCCCAGGAGAACGCCACGCUGCUCUUCAACAUCCACCUGCGCUCCACGCUCUGCUCCAAGCGCAUGACGGAGGAGUUCCGCCUGUCCACCGAGGCCUACGACUGGCUGCUCGGGGAGAUCGAGACCCGCUUCAACCAGUCCAUCACACACCCCGGUGAGAUGGUGGGAGCCCUGGCCGCCCAGUCCCUGGGAGAGCCCGCCACGCAGAUGACGCUCAACACCUUCCAUUACGCCGGAGUGUCGGCCAAGAACGUCACUCUGGGUGUGCCCCGUCUCAAGGAGUUGAUCAACAUCUCAAAGAGGCCCAAGACGCCCUCGCUCACGGUGUUCCUGCUGGGGCAGGCGUCGCGCGAUGCCGAGCGGGCCAAGGACAUCCUGUGUCGACUGGAGCACACGACCUUGCGCAAGGUGACUGCCAACACCGCCAUCUACUACGACCCCAACCCCCAAAGCACGGUGGUGACCGAGGACCAGGAGUGGGUCAACGUCUACUAUGAGAUGCCCGACUUUGACGUCACGCGUAUCUCCCCCUGGCUGCUGCGCAUCGAGCUCGACCGCAAGCACAUGACUGAUCGCAAGCUGACCAUGGAGCAGAUCGCCGAGAAGAUCAACGCUGGUUUCGGAGAUGACCUGAACUGUAUCUUCAAUGACGACAACGCUGAGAAGCUGGUUCUGCGGAUCAGGAUCAUGAACAGCGACGAGAACAAGUUCCAUGAGGACGAAGAGGUGGUGGACAAAAUGGACGACGACGUCUUCCUGAGGUGCAUUGAGUCCAACAUGCUGACGGACAUGACCCUACAGGGCAUCGAGCAGAUCAGCAAGGUGUACAUGCACUUGCCCCAGACGGACAACAAGAAGAAGAUCAUCAUCACAGAGGAGGGCGAGUUCAAGGCUCUGCAGGAGUGGAUCCUGGAAACAGACGGCGUGGGCCUCAUGCGGGUCCUCAGCGAGAAGGACGUGGACCCCGUCCGGACCACCUCCAACGACAUCGUGGAGAUCUUCACGGUACUCGGUAUCGAGGCCGUCCGAAAGGCCUUGGAGCGCGAGUUGUACCACGUGAUCUCCUUUGACGGCUCCUACGUCAACUAUCGCCAUCUGGCCCUGCUCUGUGACACCAUGACCAGCAGGGGCCACUUGAUGGCCAUCACACGUCACGGCAUCAACAGGCAGGACACCGGCCCGCUCAUGAAGUGCUCCUUUGAGGAGACGGUGGACGUCCUGAUGGAGGCGGCGUCCCACGGGGAGAACGACCCCAUGAAGGGCGUGUCCGAGAACAUCAUGCUGGGCCAGCUCGCGCCGUGCGGCACAGGCUGCUUUGACCUGCUGCUGGAUGCGGAGAAGUGCAAAUACGGCAUGGAGAUCCCCACCAACAUCCCCGGCAUCAGCGUGGCUGGACCUACUGGAAUGUUCUUCGGCUCAGCACCCAGCCCCAUGAGUGGCAUGUCCCCCGCCAUGACCCCAUGGAACACGGGCGCCACCCCGGCCUACGGCGCGUGGUCCCCCAGUGUCGGAAGCGGCAUGACUCCCGGGGCAGCGGGCUUCUCGCCCAGCGCCGCGUCCGAUGCCAGUGGCUUCUCUCCAGGCUACUCGCCAGCCUGGUCCCCGACCCCUGGAUCUCCAGGCUCUCCGGGUCCAGCCAGCCCCUACAUCCCCUCUCCAGGUGGGGCCAUGUCCCCCAACUACUCGCCCACCUCCCCGGCCUACGAGCCACGCUCCCCGGGCGGGUACACCCCGCAGAGCCCCGGCUACUCCCCGACGUCCCCCUCCUACUCCCCCACCUCCCCCUCCUACUCCCCCACCAGCCCCAACUACAGCCCCACCUCGCCCUCCUACUCCCCCACCUCGCCCUCCUACUCCCCCACCUCCCCCUCCUACUCCCCCACCUCCCCUUCCUACUCCCCCACCUCCCCCUCCUACUCCCCCACCUCCCCCUCCUACUCCCCCACCUCCCCGUCCUACUCCCCCACCUCUCCCAGCUACAGCCCGACCUCGCCUAGCUACUCCCCCACCUCACCAAGCUACUCCCCCACCUCCCCCUCCUACUCCCCCACCUCCCCCUCCUACUCCCCCACCUCCCCCUCGUAUUCCCCCACCUCCCCCUCGUAUUCCCCCACCUCCCCCUCCUACUCGCCCACCUCCCCCUCCUACUCCCCCACCUCGCCCAGCUACAGCCCCACCUCUCCAAACUACACUCCCACCUCCCCCUCCUACUCCCCCACCUCCCCCUCCUACUCCCCCACGUCGCCCAACUACACCCCCACCAGCCCCAACUACUCGCCCACCUCCCCGUCCUACUCCCCCACCUCGCCCUCCUACUCUCCCUCCAGCCCCCGCUUCACACCCCAGUCCCCCACCUACACCCCCAGCUCCCCGUCCUACAGCCCCAGCUCGCCCUCCUACUCCCCCACCUCCCCCAAGUACACCCCCACCUCGCCCUCCUACAGCCCCAGCUCCCCAGAGUACACCCCCACCUCUCCCAAGUACUCCCCCACCUCGCCCAAGUACUCCCCCACCUCGCCCACCUACUCCCCGACCACGCCCAAGUACAGCCCCACCUCGCCCACCUACUCGCCCACCUCUCCCACCUACACCCCCACCUCGCCCAAGUACUCCCCCACCUCGCCCACCUACUCCCCCACCUCGCCCAAGUACUCGCCCACCUCGCCCACCUACUCGCCCACCUCGCCCAAGGGCUCCACCUACAGCCCCACCUCCCCCGGCUACAGCCCCACCUCGCCCACCUACAGUCCGGCCAUCAGCCCGGACGACAGUGAUGAGGAGAACAACUGAGGCGCCUCACGGGAGGAGGAGGAGGUGCGCCGGCCUAUAGGGGACCCCAGCACUCCUGCGCCAGCGGCCCCCUUGCCCCACCUCGAGGUGGACAACUGAAGGAAAGAAUAACGCCUUUUUAAAACCAACACCAACAACCUGGGGCGGGGAGACCGAGGGGCUUAAGUCACGACCACACAAGAGCCAGAGGAUAGAUUUCUGGUUCCUUGCAAAGGGAGUUGACUCCUCUCAAGCCCCCCCCCCCCCCAAAAAAGAUACAUAUAUAUAUAUUUAGUACUCUUUGAAUUCAGUAGACUUGGAACUGUUUCGUCUAGAGGAAGUGGCUGCCUUCUCAAAAUGUACACUAGUUUGUUUUUAAUUGGCAGUUGAAGCAGAUUCUUUUUUUUCUGUUUGCUCCAACUGUCAACACGAGUUGAAAUGUAAGGAAAAACUAAAACCGGGGGGAGAAGUGGUGAACAGGGGGGUUCUCUUUACCUUCAUCCAGUCUCUCUCUCUCCCUCUCAACCGCGUCUCCCAGUUCAGUAUUGGAUUGCGAAAGUUGGAAGUAUUGCCAAACGCCUUACGGGGGGAAACAAAAACUACGCUUCCAGUGGCUGAAACACCUUAAAGCGUAGGCCUACGAAGUCGCAGCAGUCGAGGAGGAGUGGGCGGUGGAGCCUGUCUUUUGUGCAUAUUUUACUGAAGUGUAUCUACAUGUAGACCUUAUCUUUCUUUUGUAAAUAAACAGUGGCUGCCACUUUUGCAGAAGCCCUUUAUGUGCGGGUGGGAGGGGGACAACCUGGAGCCGAGUGGGUUUUUAAUAUAUAAAAAGGCGAGUGGCUCAAAUACAAAGAAAUCGGUAGGCUUAUUUUUUGACAAUUUAGCGUUUUGGUAAUAAAAACAAAAGAGCUACGGCGGGGGUUUUGUGACACGCGCUGAAUAAGUCCUGGCUGACGGGGGUGAGAGACACUGGCAUGCAGGCGAGCGAGACACACCUAAAGACCCAACCUAUUCCAUUGCCAUCACUCGUGGCCUGUCGUACCCAAUCGUACCCCCCCCCCCCCCCCCCCAAAGACUAACGUGAAUGAUGUCAUGAAGCAUCCACCAGCAUCCCCAUGUCCCUCACACUUCAAAGACUUGUACAAAAGGAACGCUUUUUUUUCUUUCUUCAUCCUUUACACACAUUUUCCCUCUACACUGAGAACCCUAAAAAAAUAAGAUUUAUGACAUAUUCUUAACGCUCAGAAUAAAUAUAUUUUGUCUUUAAAUUUAGUUUUGGAAAGUGAACUAUGGGCGGAUGAGGGAUGUUUAGUUUGGAGUUACUGCUUUUGCCAUUGAUUGCAUGAGUAGCCCAUAGAAUGUUUUAAUCUAAGCCUUGGGUGGAUCCCUUUCCAAUUUCUGAUAGCUGAUGUGUAAACAAGUCCUCCCUGUAUUUUUUGGGACUUGCUCAAUUUAUUUAAUAAAAAACAAAGUUAAUUAUUCUGUGUGAAUAAGAAUAGAGAAAAAAAAAUCUUUGGUUUGUUUUGAAGGCUUUGUAAAACCUGUUUGCAGGAAGCUCUGAGGCUCAGACACUGCAGAUGAGUGGUAGUGUCCUUUUACUUUUUAUAACUCACCAUUCCCCUCCACACAAAAAAAACAGUUUAACCAGCUUGUUUCCCUUAAUGGAAAAAUGGCUGCUGGUUUUCAUUUAGGUUUGGCCACGUUUGACAUACUAUGUUGAAUCCUUUUGAGUUUUUGGACACCAGGGGGUGACAAAUACAGCGGUGUCCACAUGAUGGGACAGUGUCGCUUAAUAAUUCCACACCCACUACGUUGGUGUGACAUUUAUUUGUAUAUUAAAAUAAGUUAAUUCAUGGCCAAGGGUUAACAGAUUUCCCAGGGGCCUGGUUACGUUUGUUAAGGAAGGCAAUUGUUUAAUUCGAUGUGCUUGAGUAACAUCAAGAUGUGUGCACCCCUUUCAUGUUCUAGGUUUACUUGAGGUCUCGUCCCUUUAUAUCCCUUUCAUCCCCAAGUAAUCCUGAUUGUUUGAGAUCAGUGUCGGUUCUGUUUUCUACCAGUGUUUGUAUACCUGUGAUUUGGGGUGAAAUCUCUGGGAUCGGGCUGGGAACAUAGGAUAUGAUUACCCUGGGAGUCCUCUUGGAUACGGCGUUUUUCAGUCCCACCAAACAUCUGGCUCACGGUAUUGCUAAAAGGAAAUGCAGGCUGAUGGGGGUCUACCAAAUAUACCAAUUGUUUAGAAUUAAAGGGACAUUGCAUCGUUUGGCCUUUCACAUCACACAGAACCGCAGAUUGCACUAUUGGGACAUACUUUCGGUGGGACUUCUGAUCUAUUUAAGAGUCCUAAGAUGGGGUCCGGCUCUAACUCCCAGCCAGUCCCACCGUCCUUAACCGUGCCGUCCAGAGCGUUCUGGGUGUCUGGACUCCCGGGUGUAUGAUCGCGGUUGGCUGUCGUGCGUGUGUGUGAGCGUGUGUGUAUUGUGGAAGGUGAGCGUGUGUGUGCCUCAAAUGGGCCAGACAGGGUUAGGAGUUGGGUGGGGAGGGUAAGGAAUGUUUAAAUUAAAUAAGUUGCCACUGUAUAGAAAUCAACACUUCAUUCUCUGUACCUUUUGUUUAUGUUUUUGACUUGAUGAAAAAAAAGUUAAUAAAGGUUUUACUACA